AUGGCUGGAGCACUGGGGGUUAGGGCUGCUCGCGCGUCUGCGAAGGGCCUGAAGGCGUCGUCACCCAGAACCUACGCCACCGUUACUUCGAUACCACCUAAGCCUCACCAUCGUGUGGUAGUUGUCGGUGGCGGUACAGCCGGUGUGACCGUCGCUGCCCAGUUGAUGCGCUCGAAACAGUUCCAAAAGGACGACAUCGCCAUCCUCGACCCGGCCAAGAACCACCACUACCAGCCCGGAUGGACCCUUGUUGGCUCUGGCCUCAAGCCUCUGAGCGACAUGAGCCGACCCCUGUCGAGCCUCAUCCCAUCUGGCGUCACACAUUACCCUCUCCAGGUCUCCAAGUUCGACCCAGAGAACAACGAGCUCAAGACGGCCGACGGUGUCGAGGUCUCAUACGACUAUCUGGUUGUGGCUCCUGGCCUUGAGGUCAACUUCUCCGGGAUCAAGGGCCUCCCCGAGGCUCUGCAAGAUUCAGGCAGCCAAGUGAGCUCCAUUUACUCUGAGAAGACUGUGGAGCAGGUAUGGAAGAACAUCCAGGACUUCAAGAAGGGAAACGCAGUUUUCACUCAGCCGGCUGGCGUCAUCAAGUGCGCCGGUGCGCCACAGAAGAUCUUGUGGAUGGCUCUGUCGCAGUGGGAGAGGGACGGAGUUAGGAAGGAGAUUCUGCCUUACUUUGCCACCGGCGGCCCAGGAAUGUUCGCUGUGCCAAAGUACUCCAAGGCUCUGGAGGAACUCCGUUUGAAGCGCCGCGUCGAGGGACUUUUCCAGCACAACCUGGUCAGCGUGGAUGCUGCAAACAAGGUCGCCACUUUCAAGAACCUCGCCGAAGAUGGCAAGGAGGUGCAGAAGGAGUUCGGAUUUUUGCACGUCGUUCCUCCUCAGAAGCCCUUCGACUGGGUGGCUAAGUCACCUCUGGCCGACUCUGCUGGAUGGGUCGACGUUGACAAGAGCACGACCAAGCACAACAAGUACGCCAAUGUCUUUUCAAUCGGCGACGCCUCAUCACUGCCAAAUUCCAAGACCGCGGCCGCCAUUAGCUCUCAAGCUCCCGUCCUGGUCGACAACCUGCUGUCCACCAUUCGUGGCGAGGAGCUUAAGUCCGGCUAUACUGGCUACGCCUCUUGCCCACUGCUGACUGGCCACAACGAGCUCAUGCUCUGUGAGUUCAAGUACGGCGGUGUCCCCGAUGAGACCUUCGCCAAGGUUCCCGGUAUCGGCAGCCAGGACGUUCCUCGACGGGUAUUCUACCACCUCAAGAAAGAUUUCUUCCCCAGCGUGUACUGGAACAGCUUCGUCAAGGGAACGUGGUUUGGGCCCAAGGCCUGGUUCAAGCCUGACACGACGAAGACCGCUUAA